CUUGCGUAGUGCAAAAAAUAUACAUGUAAGAAAAUGGAAAUCAAUUGAGUUACAGCUGUUGUUAAACGAAAUCGCUUUGUGCGACUAGAAUUGCUAGGUUGUCGAGAAUGUUCAAGUUAAUUAUAAUUGUUCCCGUUUGUUUGUUAGUUCUAUCAGUUUCUUCAAGUCCACCAAUUGAAUCCCGUAGGAAUUCAACUCCGAAUAUUCAAACUACUCAUGAGGUUAUCCAAACAACUAAAGAAUCGAUGAAGGAAACUAUUUUAAAUAGUACAGUUUCUAUGAAAUCUACAAACUCCACCAACGCGAAAGAACCAAUUACUGUUAAAGGAACAACUGUCAAAGCAACUAUCGUAACUGAAAGCGGAGAUGUAAAAUCAACUCCUUCUACUAUUCGUCAACCACCAAAGAAGUUACCAUCAAAUUCUACAUUGUCACCAACACCAACGACGACAAAACGAACAGAAUUACCUGCAGUAGAUUCAGCGAAUAAGUCAGAGUCUCUUAAGCCAUCGCUAACAGCUCCAAGACUGUCUACAAAAAGUACUCCAACCACUGAAUCUGAAAACUCAACAUCAGAGAAUGUUCAGACGAGAUCAAGUAUACCUUCGAACAAGCAAAAUUUUACCACACCUUUACCUGAAGUCAAGGUAAACAAUGGUACCUUAGCAUCAACAAUCCCAACAACUUUAACAGCUUCAUCAGCUUCAUCAACUUCAACAGCUUCAACUACUUCAAUAGAUUCAACAGCUUCAACGGCUUCAGCGACGAAAAACGACCUGCAAGACGAUCACUAUAAAAAAGUGACUCCUUUACAAGAAGUACCACUAGCAAAUCAAUCAGACAUAGCAGUAAAAGCUAGCGAAGCCAGUGAUAAACUUACUAAAGGGACUCUUAUUGCUCUAGUAUCGUCCCUAACGUUUGGAUUAAUUUUCAUAAUAAUUGUUGUGAUUGUUGUUGGCAAAAGAGUAUACGAAGGCUACAAGAGACGCCACUACACUCAAAUUGACUACCUGGUUGACGGCAAUUAUAAACAAAAGUAAAAUAUACUUUCAUGUUUUGUGUUAUGUAGAGGUUAUUUUUUAAAGUAUGUUCUUUUUAUAUAUGAAUCAAUGUGUUUACCAUCUGGCUUUAUAUCUUAAAAAAUUCCAUAAAACACAAAAAUGGCCUUUUUUUCUUAGUCAUAAGCAAAAUACUAAUAACUAAGAAAAGCCGUUUAAUCGUCCAAUUUUAAUUAAAUAUUUCCAAUUCUCUUAUGAUUUUACUACUUCUUUUUUUUUGAGUUUGUAUAUAUAUUAUAUAUAUAUACAUACAUUAAUACAUUCACAUAUUAAAUAUUUACCAAGAACAAUAAAAAAGAAGAAAAGUCAUCAGAUGGAGACUUCUCUACUGUUCUUUUUGUGUUUUUUUAUUAUUAUUAAAGAUAUUAAGAUAAAUAGUCAUACGGAACUUGUAAUCAAUUUUCAUUUGCUACUCUUACAGAAGGAGAUCCAUCACUCUUAUAUAUUUUUAAUUAAAUAAUAUCAUAAUAUAAAUAUAAUAUAAUUUUGUUCUCC